GCCCGCGCGGAGGGAGGUGCGUGCUCUAUAACCCCGCGCCACACACGGUCAGGGCCCCGGGAGAGGAGGGUCGGGCCGGGCCUGUCUGACGGUCACCGCUGCCGUAGAAUUAACAACCACAGAAAGAUCAGGAGAAGCUCAGCAGAUCCGGGCUGGAGGAAGCAGGGCUAAGGGAACCCAACAAGAGGCUGCAGAAGUAAAGCAAAGUAUUACAAGAUAAGAAUGAAUAAACUCCACCAGGAAGCAGUGAGGCAUUCUACAUGAAUGAUAGCAGGACCGUGUGCAUCAAUCUAGCAAUUUGAUUUUGGAGAGAGGAAUUUAUCCACAAAUAUAUUCAAAAUUAGAUGGCCAUGGAGAAAAAUAAGAACAGGAAAAAGCUGCGAAUUUGUGUUGCCACAUGCAACCGUGCAGAUUAUUCUAAGCUGGCUCCCAUUAUGUUUGGUAUCAAGGGGCAACCUGAACUUUUUGAUCUGAAAGUUGUUGUUUUAGGAUCUCAUUUAAUUGAUGACUAUGGGAAUACAUAUCGCAUGAUUGAGCAAGAUGAUUUUGAUAUUAACACAAGUUUGCAUACAAUAGUUCGAGGUGAGGAUGAGGCAGCCAUGGUUGAGUCAGUGGGACUUGCUCUGGUGAAGUUACCAGAUGUGCUGAACCGUUUGAAGCCAGACCUCAUGAUUGUUCAUGGAGACAGGUUUGAUGCAUUGGCAGUCGCCACCUCAGCUGCAUUGAUGAAUAUUCGGAUUCUGCACAUGGAAGGAGGUGAGGUCAGUGGUACCAUCGAUGACUCAAUCAGACAUGCCAUCACCAAAUUGGCCCAUUAUCAUGUGUGUUGCACUCGGAGUGCUGAGCAGCACCUGAUAGCCAUGUGUGAAGAUCACAAUCGAAUACUGUUGUCUGGCUGCCCAUCUUAUGACAAAUUGCUCACUGCAGGAUCCAAGGAUUACAUGAGCAUUUUGCAGACGUGGCUAAGUAAAGAUGUGAAACCUCGUGAGUACAUCGUGGCUUUACAGCAUCCUGUUACCACCAACAUUAAACAUUCCGUUAAAAUGUUUGAGCUUACACUUGAUGCUCUAAUAACAUUCAACAAACGCACGUUGAUUCUGUUUCCAAACAUUGAUGCAGGAAGUAAAGAAAUGGUGCGAGUGAUGAGGAAGAAGGGGAUUGAACAGAAUCCAAAUUUCCGGGCAGUGAAACACAUCCCCUUCGAACAGUUUAUACAGAUGGUUGCACAUGCUGGCUUGAUGAUCGGGAACAGUAGUUGUGGGGUGCGGGAAGCAGGUGCAUUUGGGACACCUGUCAUCAACUUGGGAACACGCCAAACCGGAAGAGAGACGGGUGAAAACGUUCUCCAUGUGCGGAAUGCUGACAGUCAGAAUAAAAUAUUGCAUGCUCUGCAACUCCAAUUUGGAAAAUUGUACCCAUGCUCUAAGAUCUAUGGUGAUGGGAAUGCAGUGCCACGGAUAUUGAAGUUCCUGAAGUCGAUAGACAUGGAUGAGCCUUUGCAGAAGAAGUUUUGUUUCCCGCCAGUGAAGGAGUGCAUUUCGCAGGAUAUUGACCAUAUCCUGGAAACACAAAGUGCUCUUGCUGUAGACUUGGGAGGAACCAAUCUGCGGGUUGCCAUUGUCAGCAUGAAGGGUGAAAUCAUAAAGAAAUAUGUUCGAACCAAUCCCAAAACAUAUGAUGAAAGAAUUGAGUUGAUUCUGAAGCUGUGUGUAGAGGCUGUCACUGAAUCAGUGAAGCUUAACUGCAGAAUCCUUGGAGUUGGUAUUUCCACAGGUGGCCGUGUGAACCACAAGGAAGGAAUUGUGCUUCAUUCUACCAAACUGAUUCAGGAAUGGGUAUCCGUGGACCUCCGGACCCCAGUGUCAGACAUCCUACGGCUGCCCGUUUGGGUAGACAAUGACGGCAAUUGUGCUGCUCUGGCAGAAAGGAAAUUUGGUCUAGGAAAAGGAGUGGACAAUUUUGUAACUGUGAUCACUGGCACAGGAAUUGGAGGGGGAAUCAUCCACAAUAAUGAGCUGAUUCAUGGCAGUAUGUUCUGUGCCGCUGAGUUUGGUCACAUCAUGGUAUCGAUGGAUGGGCCUGAAUGCAUGUGUGGGAGUAGGGGCUGCAUAGAAGCAUAUGCUUCCGGAAUAGCACUACAAAGAGAGGCAAAGAGAUUACAUGAUGAAGAUUUGCUCCUAGUGGAAGGAAUGUCUCUCAAAAAUGAAGAGACAGUGAGUGCAGUUCAUCUCAUUCAAGCUGCAGAACGAGGGAGUACUGAGGCACGGAAAGUGCUCCAAACAGCUGGCUGUGCUCUUGGUGUCGGUAUUACAAACAUUCUGCACACACUGAACCCAUCUCUUGUUAUCCUCUCUGGAGUUCUGGCUGCUCACAAUGAGAGUAUCGUGAAGGAGGUGAUCACCCAACGAGCCCUACCAUCCACACAAACCGUUGAAAUAGCUGUCUCCAAUCUUUCUGAUCCUGCUCUCCUCGGAGCAGCCAGUAUGGUUUUAGAUUAUGCAACACGCAGAACCUAUUAGACCAAUGGGAGUCUGAACCCUGGACUGACCAUGUUUCCAUUUAGAAAUUAAUUUAAGCUUUAUUCUCAACCUUUCUUCUUUAUUUGUUGAGUCUUCCAUAUGGAUUUAGUACCUCCCUGAAACCAGCUUAAUUCAAGGUUAAGUAGACUGUCUUUGAGAUUGUGUUAGUUUAUAAUUUGUGUUCUGUUAGCAACACUAUUUCCAAAUCACUCUCUCCUGCAGCCUAACAUUUGUGCAAUUCAGAGAGAGAUGAUAUUCCUGUGAAAUUCCAAAAUGAUGUGUAAACUACCUUUGGCUGAAGCCAGAGCUGCCAAAAUGGAGUCAGGACCACAAUGGUGUUGUGGGUAAAACUUCUUGAGAGAUCUGAGGUUGUAACGGCUGCCAGACCAAGUGACAAUAGUUGUCCUUUCACUCAAACAGGCUCUGCUCUCACUGAGGGGUCUUGACUUUCAAGUUUCGAAAUGGGGUUACAGUGGGAAACAAUUUGGAAAGUGCUGGCUUUCCAGUGAAAAUUUUGAGCUUGUGUCUGAGGUAUUUUGAUCAACAAAACUGUUAGUUCAGAGGGUUCAUAGUAAUGAAAAUCAGACCGCUGCUGUGUCUUGUUACAUGUUAUGUUGCAGAACUUGUUCAUUAUCCUUUUGCCAUUAAGACUAAGCAACCCUGGAGCUACAGCUUUGAUCUUGAUUUUAAAUUAUCUUCCAGAAAUCUUUUUGGAGCAAGCAGACAUUUAAAUCCUUCAAAAUUAAAUCAAAUGUUUAGUCUCAAGUUUGCUGUCCAUAUAGACCGCUUCUAAUUAGGUUACACGUUUAGAUUUUCACUGUGUAACCCUGACAAAAUAGCAGCUGUUCAUAAACAUGAGGGCGGUGAAAUUGUGUUUUUGCAGCAUGUUGAAAAUGGCUCCAGUUUUUACGCAUGCCCCGAUUAGAAACUCUCAUCCUUUCCAUCCUUGACCUAUCAGCUUUAAUACCCUCCCAGUCCCAGGAUCUUGGACAUUUUCACUCCUAACGGAAGAAAACAGAUUUGACAGGUGACUUCUCACAGGCAAGGCUUCUUCCACAUUUAAUAAAAAUUCUGAUUGGAUUUAUCUACAAGAAAUCUCAAAGAAUAUGGUAUUUUAGAGUAUGUGUAUCAGGUCCGAUGAAGAGAAAGGGGGUGGUGGGUAGACUCAUGUGAAGCAUAAACACCGACAUAAACCAUUUGGGCUGAAUGAUCUGUUGCUGAGCUGUACGGAAGGAUUGUGAAAAUCCUGGGAAGGGGAAAUCAAAUAAAUAGAGGCAUUUAAUUGUACAGGGCAGACAGAUAAAAGUCAGCUUUCCAAAAGCAGGACAAAAUUAUAGAAUUUGUUUAGCAGCAGCUUGAUGACAGACAGCAAGCAUCAGGAACCUCUUCAACACAUUAGCAGGUCAUGAAUGAUCAUCUGCAGGUAACUGUGCCAGAAUUACAUGUACCUUUUCAAUGCAUUAAUUAGUAAAUGAGCAACAUGUGCCUUCAGAUUCAUGACUACUUCAGUGUGAUGUGUAGCUGACAGGGUAACCUUCCUGUUUGGUUGGGAGCAAGGUGUUUCUUGUAUCAGGAGCUUUGCUGAACUACAAAAGAGGAGAGAUUGCAAAUCGAAAUCAGAGGGAGGCUCUUGGAGCAAGGUGUGGGUAACUGAGUGAAGCAGCAAUUCCAGCAAUCUGAAGUGGAGAGGAGCUGCCAGUUAGAGAAUGGACAGCAUCAGUUCCUGUUCCCAGAAUCUCCCCUCCGACUGCAGCAAUAAUGUCCAACACUCAUGAGGAACGAGCACCCUACAGUCGGGGGUGGGGGGGUGGUGAGUGUCCUAUACUCAAUUUGGGGAGUGGAGUCGGAAACAAAUGCCUGUCUGGUUGUACUUUUAAAAGGAUGCUUGGAUCUUUGACCCUGUGAGGUAUUGCUACGAUUGGCCAGGCUGAGUGUGAGCAAAUACCUCAUUGGCUCCCACUACCGGGCCAAUCAGUGAAAUACGGUGUUCUGGAUUCGCCCACUGGAAACACUAACCAGAUUUACACAGCAUAGUUUACACAAAGAUUAGACAUAGAGAAAAAAUUGUAUCAGCCAUGAAAAAGAUGGCACGUGAGAUUUUAUAAACCCAAAGAAUUAUAAUCUCAUACCAAAUGGUAGUCAUUACCUGAUGAAGCUCCUGAAAACAAUUCAGCAAAUUGAGGUCAGAAAUGAAUUGUCUCAGGCAUUUGUCACUAUUUAUAUUGUAUGCUGUACAAAAUGUUUAAAUUCUAUAAAACUUGUUUGUGUAUCACCA